ACAACAAGAACAACAGGGUGAUACCAGAGAACGGAUUGAGAGGCAGUGUUUAAAAUAAAUGUGUGAAUAAUUAUUUGAAAGUGUCAUGAGAAAGUUCAACUCGUCAACGGAAUAAUAUACUGCUCAAAAUUGAACUGCUAAACGGAGGCGAUAUCCAUCCACCCACGCCACAAAAAAACGGAAUUACGAAAAAGUGCAAUAAGUGAAAAUUGAUUUUUAACCAGUGUCAAGUGUGAAUUGAGACCACAAGAACAACAAGAUGGUGCAGAAAUUCCAAUCCCCCGUUCGGGUCUACAAAUAUCCCUUUGAGCUGGUGAUGAAGGCCUAUGAGCGACGCUUUCCCAAAUGCCCACAGAUGCCCAUUGUCCUCGACUGCGAUAUCAUCAAGGAUGAGUCGCUGGAGAAUGGGGCGAAGCGGAACACCAGCCGGCGCUGCAAGCUGGCUGUGGAUGCGCCCUACAUCUUCAAGAAGCUAAUUGGCGUGGAUUUUGUGUACUUCCUGCAGCACAACUAUCUGGAUAUGAGCGCCCGCACGCUGAGCAUCGAGGCCGUCAACGAGAGCUUCUCGUCGCGCAUCGAGAUCUUCGAACGGUGUCGCUACUACGCCCAUCCGGACAAUGCCGAAUGGACGUGCUUCGAUCAGACGGCCACGCUGGAUAUUAAGAACUUUUUUGGCUUUGAGCAUUCGAUGGAGAAGAUGGGCAUGAAGCAGUACACACAGACAACGCUCAAGGGCAAGGAGAUAAUCGAGUAUUUCAUCAGUCAAAUGGAGGCGGAGGGCAUCACACAUGUGGAGCGUUGGGUGCCGCCCCUCGAUGCCCCCAAAUCGCCAACACCGGAAAAGGAACAGAAGCAGCAGCAGCAGCAUCACGAUAUUCUGCUCGAUGGCGAUUUUAUAGCGCGCAGUCUGGGCCAGCUGUCACCGAUGCAGGAGUCCAAGCUGCUGGAGCUGCGAAAAAUGCUCGAUGGUGUCGAUGAUCUGGAGCGUGUGCCCAGUUAUCAGACCAUCCUGCGUUUCUUGUCAGCCAGGGACUGGCAUGUGAGCCAGGCCUUUGCCAUGCUCUGCGAUUCGCUGCAAUGGCGCAAGGAGCAUCGCAUUGAUGCGCUCCUCGAGGAGUAUACCAAGCCGGCGGUGGUGGUCGAGCACUUUCCAGGCGGUUGGCAUCAUCACGACAAGGAUGGCAGGCCCAUCUAUAUACUACGCUUGGGUCACAUGGAUGUCAAGGGUUUGCUCAAGAGUCUGGGCAUGGAGGGGCUGCUUCGAUUGGCCUUACACAUUUGCGAGGAGGGCAUACAAAAGAUCAAUGAAUCUGCUGAGCGCUUGGACAAGCCCGUCUUGAACUGGUCUCUGCUGGUGGAUCUGGAGGGUCUGUCCAUGCGCCAUUUGUGGCGUCCCGGCAUCAAGGCUUUGCUCUACAUCAUCGAGACAGUGGAGCGUAAUUAUCCAGAGACCAUGGGACGUGUGCUGGUGGUGCGAGCGCCUCGAGUGUUUCCCAUUGCCUGGACCAUUGUGAGCGCAUUCAUUGACGAGCACACACGCUCAAAGUUCCUGUUCUAUGGCCCUGAUUGUGCACACACGACGGACGGUCUGGCCCAGUACAUUGACGAGGAGAUAGUGCCCGAUUUUCUGGGCGGACCCUGCAAGACCAUGAUACACGAGGGUGGCCUGGUGCCAAAGACGCUCUACAAAAUGAAUUCCCUGGAGGAGCAUGAUGAUGAUGUGACCAUUGUAUCGCCUACCAAUGCCGAGGCAUUGGCCCCAGUGGCUGUGCCGCCCAUGAAGCGUCUGUCGGCUGCCCAUCAGCACGAACAUCAGAAUCUGUACAAGAGUGUGGACCUAAAGGCGGGCUUUAGCCAUGAGCUGCUGAUCAGGAACGAGGAUCCGAAGAGUGUGCUGACAUGGGACUUUGAUGUAAUGCGCAACGAUUUGCACUUUACGCUGUAUCGCGUCACCCAAGAGCUGCCAGAUAAGAAUGAUGAUGCCGUUUCCUACUUUGAUCUGCAGGACUUUGUCGAGGGCGUCAACUACUUCCGGGAGGAGCCCACACUCGUCUGUCGCCACAAGGAGAGUGUGCAGGGCUCGCAUGUGAUGCACCACAACGACAGCUAUCUGAUGCACUGGUUCAGUCCGACGGGUGCCCAGCUGAAUCUGUUCUAUGAGGUGCUCAGCUCUGUCAACUACAAGGGCUCAAUGACCAGCCUACAGUCGGCAUUCUCCUCCAACUCGUCGGCGGCCAGCUCGGUGCAGAGUCGAUGAUAUGAGACGAAUGGUGCGGGCGGACGGGCCACCACAACAAGGGGGUGCUGCUGCUGCUGCUGCUGCUGCUACUGCUGGUGCUGCAGCACGACCGUCACCGCUCGACGAGGACCUGCUGUCUGGGACGCUAAUGGAGAAGAGCCUCAAUCUGUACGACACGCCGGAUAUAUUCUUUUAACGGGCACCACGCCACACCACACCACAGUUGCAAUCUCUUUUAUAUUUUAGUUUCUACAUUUAAAGCCUUAGUUACCUUAGCAAAAUGUUUAGUUUUGGUUUUUAAAAUUAUAUAUUUAACGCAAACAUUCUGUAGCCCAUUUCCUUUAUGCACCGCAAUACCCGAUUCUAUACGUAUAUAAUCUCUCAAUACUUUGAUUAGCGUUAAGGCCAAACAAACAAAAAAAUAGCUGCUGAAGAAAUUUUGUGACUCUCAUACGUACGGUUGUAAUCCGAUAAGAAGGAGGAGCUGGAGGAAAUUUUAACAAACAAAAAAAUAUCACAUAAUGCAACAACAUUCAUUUCAUUGGCAAACAAAGCAAUGCGUCAAUUAGUAUAUAUUUUAGCAAGUAUAUAUAUAUUACUUAUAUUACCUAUAUUUAGCAGCUUAAAUGCGAAAAUUUAAACUUAGAAAUUACGUAAAUGUUUUUGGUAGGGCGGCGGCAGCUGCAGCUGCAUUUUUCUAAUGCUUUUUAUAUCAAAUUCAAAUGCAACAGAAAUUUAUGAGAUUUACGAAA